AUCAUUAAUUAUGGAGGGAUAGUAAUAUAAAUUGAGUUAAACAAUUUCAGCACACAAUGGUAUAGUGAGAUCAAUUUCAACAUAAGGAAAUGAAUUAUUAACAUGUAAUAAUAAUUAUAUGUAAUUUGAUUAGGCUCUAGUGAUAAAAGAGCAAAGAUAUUUGAAAUGAAAGAUAAUUAAUAUAAAGAAGUGACAUUAUUAUCAUUCUUUGAGAAAUACAUAUAUGCAACAUGUGCAAGAGUAAAUGGAGGGUAUGCAAUAGGACAUGAUAAGCAAAUAUAUUUAAUAGAUAAUGAGGGAAAUCCACUUGGUAUUUUAGAGGGACAUGAUUAAUAAGUAUGUUCUUUAAAAAGCAUUUCAGAAAAUGUAUAUGUAAUGAUUAUAAAAUAAAGAUAUUAAUUUCAGGAUCAUGGGAUGCAACAGCUAUAGUUUGGGAUAUAAGUUAAAUGAAAUAAAUUUAUAGGUUGAGUGGACAUAAAUAUGGAGUAGCAGUUUAUGGAGAUGAAAAUUUAAAUUUUAUAACUGGAUCUUAAGAUGGUAUUUUACAUAGUUGGUGUAAGGAGAGUAAAGUAAAGAGUGUUGAAGCUCAUAAAGAUAUAAUAAGAGAAAUAUUGCCAUCUCCUAUAGGUGGUUAUAUAACAUGUUCAAAUGAUGAAACAAUUAAACUUUGGUCAAAAGAUUUAGAAUUAAUCUAAACAUUUUUAGGACAUAAAAGUUUUGUUUUUACAAUGAAAGUUAAUAUAGAUUAUGUGAUUAGUGGAGGUGAUGAUAGAUUAGUAAUAAUUUGGAAUUUAGAUGGAAAUGCAAUACAAACAAUAUAAUUACCAGAUACAGUAUGGACAAUAGCAAUAAAUAAUUAAAAUGAUAUAAUAAUAGGAACAAGUGAUGGAAAGGUAAGAGUAUUUACAACAGAUUAAACAAGAUUUGCUACUUAAGCAGAAAUUGAUGGAUUAGAAUAAGAAGCAUCAUUAUCUAAUGCAAAAUAAGAAGGAGGAAUGUCAGAAGAAGAAAUAAAUAAAUUACCAGGAAUAGAUAAAUUGAAUAGUAUGGUAGGAAAGAAAGAAGGAGAAAUUAGAUUAUUUAGAAAUGGAAAUAAACCUGAAGCAUAUAUGUGGAGUGCUAUUAAUAAAAACUGGUAAUUAAUAGGAGAUGUUAUUGGUGGUAAAGGAUCUACUAAUUAAAAGAAGUAUUUUCCUGGAGAUAAAUAUUUUGAUGCUGGAGAGUAUGAUCAUGUAUUUGAUGUUGAAGAUGAUUAUGGAAUUACUAAAUUAUUACCAUAUAAUGAAGGAGAAAGCUUUUAUAAUACUGCUGAAAAGUUUUGUUUAAGAGAAGGAUACUCUAAACAUUAUCUUUAAUAAAUUGUUAAUUUCUUAAAAAAAAAUACCUCUUUUGGAUAAUCUUCAAGAUAAUAAAAAUCAGAAUUAGAAACUAUGAAAGAAUAAUUUAAUUAAUAAUAGUUAUAAUAAUAGUAAUAGGCUAAAAAAUAAAUUGACUUUUAAUACAUUCCUUAUACUUAAUGUACUUAUUAUGAAAGCUAAAAUUUAUAAGGUUUGAGUAAAAAAUUAUUUGAACUAAAUGCUCAACUUACUGAAGAAUUCAAAUUAACUGAAAAAGAAACUCUCAUUUUUAAUAAAGGAAUUGAAUCUUUAGGGUAAUAAUCAGUUUAAAAAACAGUUAAUAUAGAAAACUCUGUCAGCCUUAUUUUCAUUCAAAAGUUAUUAAAAUGGGAUGCUCAAAAUUUAUUACCUGUUUAUGAUUUCUUUAGAUUAUUUUGUCUUCAUCAUAGUAGUGAACAAUUAUUUGCAGGUUUAGAAAAAGGAAUGAAUCUAUUCUUGAAUAUCUUAACCAUUGUUAGAACUUAACCUAUUAAUGCUGUACUUGUAAGAUUAGCAUUAUAAACAUUAUGUAAUUGCUUAAAACACAAUACUAAUUCAUGUGCCAUCUUGUAUCAUUUAAGUAUAAUUAAAGAUAUUGUUAUGAGUCUCUUAGAUGCUGAUGAAAAAGUAUAACAUUUUAUUAUAUCUAGACUGUCCAAGUACUUAGUAAUCUAAUGCUCAAUUUAUCUAUUGGAAUUUAUUAACGAAAUGGAUUGAAUGAUAAAGCUAGUGAAUUAUUAUCAGAAUCCAUUAUAACCUUCCUAGAACAUUAAUAAAGAGAUCUUUAAACUAUUGCUAAAUUAGUUACUGCUUUAGGAAAUUUAAUGAGAUCUCCUGCUUAACAAAUUAGAGAAUAAUGUAAGAAAAUUAGUUAUUCUUACGUUUAAUCAUUAGUUAUUGAUACUAAUAAUUAAGAUACCCUUUAAUGUUUAGAAGAAGUUAAAUUGAGUAUGUAAAUUUGAAUAUUAUAAAAGUCG